AUGGUUGUUGAAGAUUGCAUUGAGUCUACUGAGGUUACACUUCUGGCCGUAUUUCCAGCUGUUUCGGUUCUUAGGGCUCUUAAGAUUUGCCAAUCACUUCAUGCUUACGGUGAGAAGAGAGGAUUUAAUGCAUCUGACAUACGUGUCACCAAUUCCCUUUUGGAUUCUUAUGCAAAAUGUGGCUGCAUAGAGAGUGCAUUGAGAUUAUAUGAGGAGAUAUCUGUUGAGAGAAAGAAUUUGGUGUCAUGGACAUCUAUAAUCUCUGGGUUUGAAAAGCGUGGGAUGGGGAAACAAGCCGAGUAUUUUAAUAGUAUGGAGCAAGUUGGUCUCAGACCAAAUCGAGUGACGCUCUUGAGUAUUUUCGAUGCUUGGAGAGGAUUAAUUGAUGAGGGGCUGAACUUCUUUGGGAAGAUGGUCAACGAGUAUGAAAUUGCACUAGAUAUCAAGCACUAUGGGUGCUUAAUAGAUAUGCUAGGGAGGGCAGGGAGAUUAGAAGAAGCAGAAAAUAUGGCUUUGGAGGUUCCUUCCAAUAUCGUUAACGUUGUGAUCUGGAGGACCCUGUUGGGUGCUUGUAGCUUUCAUGGUAAUGUGGAAAUGGGUGAGAGGGUGACAAAGAAGAUACUGGAGAUGGAGAGAGGAUAUGGAGGGGACUACGUGCUUAUGUCCAACAUCUUUGCUGGGGUGGAAGGUGCAGUGAUGCCGAGAGAAUGA